AUGUCUCAGGGAAAGUUCGUCAAGGAAGUGUACAACAUAAACACCAUGUCUCAGGGAAAGUUCAUCAAGGAAGUGUACAACAUAAACACCAUGUCUCAGGGAAAGUUCAUCAAGGAAGUGUACAUCAUAAACACCAUGUCUCAGGGAAAGUUCAUCAAGGAAGUGUACAACAUAAACUCCAUGUCUCAGGGAAAGUUCAUCAAGGAAGUGUACAACAUAAACUCCAUGUCUCAGGGAAAGUUCAUCAAGGAAGUGUACAACAUAAACUCCAUGUCUCAGGGAAAGUUCAUCAAGGAAGUGUACAACAUAAACACCAUGUCUCAGGGAAAGUUCAUCAAGGAAGUGUACAACAUAAACACCAUGUCUCAGGGAAAGUUCAUCAAGGAAGUGUACAACAUAAACUCCAUGUCUCAGGGAAAGUUCAUAAAGGAAGUGUACAACAUAAACACCAUGUCUCAGGGAAAGUUCAUCAAGGAAGUGUACAACAUAAACAUCAUGUCUCAGGGAAAGUUCAUAAAGGAAGUGUACAACAUAAACUCCAUGUCUCAGGGAAAGUUCAUAAAGGAAGUGUACAACAUAAACACCAUGUCUCAGGGAAAGUUCAUCAAGGAAGUGUACAACAUAAACACCAUGUCUCAGGGAAAGUUCAUCAAGGAAGUGUACAACAUAAACUCCAUGUCUCAGGGAAAGUUCAUCAAGGAAGUGUACAACAUAAACACCAUGUCUCAGCAAGGAAGUGUACAACAUAAACACCAUGUCUCAGGGAAAGUUCGUCAAGGAAGUGUACAUCAUAUACACAUGUCUCUAUGGGUAACACAAACAGGCAUUGUACGAGAUGAACACUAUGCCUCAAGAGUAACACAUAUUGGCAGUGUAUGA